AUGGCAUCGAGAAGAGAUAAUAAAAUUCUAGAAAGCAAGGUUAUACUUCUUGGAGAAUAAAGAGUAGGUAAAUCAAGUAUAAUUAAUAGAUUCAUAAAUGACUAGUUUGAUCCAGAUUCUAAACCAACUUCUAUCGGAGGAAAUCAAUAGGCUUAUUCAGAUAAAAUAAUUUAAGUUUUCAAUGGAGGCAAAAUUAAAAUAAAUUUAUGGGAUACAGCUGGGCAAGAGAUAUUUUCUUCUAUUGUUUCUGUAUACUAUAAGUCUGCUUAAGCUGCUAUAGUUGUGUUUGAUCUUACUGAUAGAAGCACAAUAAAUAAGGCACACAAAUGGAUUUAGGAAGUACAAAAUAAUAAUGAAAAAAACGAUUGCAAAAUUAUUUUGGUUGGUAAUAAAUAUGAUAAAAAUAAUGAAAGGUAGAUUAAAACUGAAGAAGGAUAAGAAAUUGCAAAACAAUAUAAAAUUAAGUAUUAUGAAACUUCUGCUAAAAAUUCUUAUAAUAUAAAGGAGCUCUUCUCAGAUUUAGCUGAAGAACUCUACACUGACAAUAAGAAUGCUACUAAAAAACCAUCUAGAAUUACAAUUGAUAAUUUUAAAAAAUAAAAAGAUACAAAAUCUAAAGAAGAUAGCAGCUGUUCAUGCUGA